CUCUUUUUGGCUGCACUCGCCAUCUUUCAUGCGUUCGAAUACAUUGCCAUUGCUCUGUUCAAUCCUACCAAGCUUACUCUAGAUUCAUUUCUCUUGAACCACAGUCCUGAAUACACCAUGGCAACAAUCGGUGGCGUUACAGAGUUUCUGAUCGAACUCUAUUUCUUUCCUCAGCUCAAGACCUGGGGUUGGCUCAACAAGGUUGGUCUAAUUAUUGUCGUUAUAGGCCAAGCUGCUCGCACCCUCGCCAUGUUUUCUGCCAAAUCCAAUUUCUCGCAUUAUGUCGAGUUUUAUAAGGAAGAGCACCAUGUCCUAGUGACUGAUGGUAUCUACAGUCUGCUGAGACAUCCUUCAUAUUUUGGCUUUUACUACUGGGCAUUGGGAUCCCAACUUAUGAUGAUGAAUCCGAUCUGCUUUGUAGGAUAUGGUGCAGUAUUGCACUAUUUCUUCUCAGAUCGCAUAUUCCAAGAAGAACAGCUUUUGAUUCGCUUCUUUGGACAAGAUUAUCGCGACUACAAGGCCAAGACAAAGACUGGCCUACCUUUUAUC